AUGUCAUCCAAAUCGUCUACCACCAAAAAAAAAGCUCAAACUCCAGAUCCCAAUGCUUUGGCACCAGCUAAAAAAGUAAAAAUACCAAAAUCAUUUAUUGUACGACCUCAUGAAUCGUCAUCAUCACUUAAAACAGUUGCAAAUAUUUAUCUAAACUCCGAAACAUUUGAAGCAUUAGAAUUAAAAAAUGGUCAGUUAGUGUAUGUAAGUCAACUACAAGGACAACCAGGUAUAGUAGCAACUGCACAUUCAUUACUGAAUAUAGAUAAGAAUGUUAUAACAAUUUCAGAAGAGUUUAGGCGGUUAGUUGGUCUAUUAUUAGGUGACAGAGUAAACAUUGUUAGAUAUGAUCAACAACCAAAUUAUGCUCAAGUAGUGUUCGUCAAUGGGGAAGUGAAAGAUUCUGAAAAAGUACUAGAAGAUUUAGGAUUGAUAUAUCCAGGACUAAAGAUUGGAGACUUGACAAUAAUAGAUAUACAAGACUCAAUAGAGACUAAGAUGAACUCACUAUCGCUUUCGAGCACAGAUGAGCUAAGAUCAUAUCCGAAAUGUGUUUCUCCACCCUAUUUAUUCACAUCACUGACUAAAAUAGAAACAACCACUGACAAAAGUACCUCAUUGAUCAAAUACCCUAAUAUACCCAGACCAAUUAACUUUUCACAAGUUGGAGGAUUAUCAAAACAAAUAGAAACAUUGAAAUCGACUAUAGAAUUACCAUUGCAUAAUCCAACAUUAUUUUCAGAAUUUGGGAUUUCGCCACCAAGAGGGAUAUUAUUGCAUGGAGCACCAGGUACAGGUAAAACAAUGUUACUUCGAUGUGUAGCCAAUAAUAUAAAUGCUCAUAUUCUUAGUAUAAAUGGUCCAUCAAUUGUUUCAAAAUAUCUAGGAGAGACUGAAAAUGCAGUAAGAGAUAUAUUUGAAGAAGCUGCAAAAUAUCAACCAUCAAUUAUAUUCAUGGAUGAAAUCGAUUCAUUAGUACCGUCUAGAAAUUCCGAUGAUACUGGAGAAACUGAAAGUAGAGUAGUUGCAACAUUAUUAACAAUGAUGGAUGGUAUGGAAAAUUCGGGUAGAAUAGUAGUUGUUGGAGCUACAAAUAGACCAAAUUCUGUUGAUAUAGCCUUGAGAAGACCAGGAAGAUUUGAUCAAGAAAUUGAAAUUGGAAUACCUGAUGUGGAAGCAAGACAAGAUAUUUUACAAAAACAAUUUGAAAAAAUGAAUAAAGAGAAAUAUGAGUUAACAGAUGAGGAUAUUGCUUCAGUGGCUGCUAAAACUCAUGGAUAUGUUGGUGCUGAUUUGACUGCUUUAUGUAGAGAAGCGGUAAUGAAAGCAAUUAACAGAGGUUUAGCUAAUAGUAUUCCUCAAAAAGAUAUCAAAGUAACACUUGAAGAUGUAAAUGAUGCAUUAACUGAAAUAAGACCAUCUGCUAUGAGAGAAAUUUUUUUGGAAAUGCCAAAGGUUCACUGGUCAGAUAUUGGAGGACAAGAAGAAUUAAAAAGAAAACUAAUAGAAGUUGUUCAAAUGCCACUAGAAGCUUCAGAAUCUUUCAAAAAUUUAGGUGUAAAUGCACCAAAAGGUGUUCUACUUUAUGGACCUCCAGGUUGUUCCAAAACUUUAACAGCAAAAGCAUUAGCUACUGAAUCAGGACUUAACUUUUUGGCUAUUAAAGGUCCAGAGAUUUUUAAUAAAUAUGUUGGUGAAAGUGAAAGGACAAUAAGAGAAAUCUUUAGAAAAGCAAGAGCUGCAUCACCAUCAAUAAUUUUUUUAGAUGAAAUUGAUGCAAUUGCUGGUGAUAGAGAUGGUGAAGGGACUACUGCAUCUAAAAAUGUUUUAACUUCUUUAUUAAAUGAAAUUGAUGGUGUUGAGGAAUUAAAAGGUGUUGUAAUUAUUGGAGCAACUAAUAAACCAUCAGAAAUUGAUGCUGCUUUAUUAAGACCUGGAAGAUUAGAUAGACAUAUUUAUGUUGCACCACCAGAUUAUGAUGCAAGAUUACAAAUUUUACAAAAUUGUUCCAACAAAUUCAAUUUAUCUAAAGAUGUUGACUUGAAAGUUUAUGCUAGUUUAACUGAAGGUUGUUCAGGUGCAGAAGUUACUUUAUUAUGUCAGGAAGCUGGUCUUAAUGCUAUAAUGGAAAAUAGAAAUGCUAAAACUGUGGAAAAUAAACAUUUUGAACAUGCAUUAAAGGGAAUUUCAAAAGGUAUAACUCCUGAAAUGUUACAAUACUAUAUAGAUUUUGCAAAUAGAUCUGGUCUAAAAAUGUAA